AUGGAUUCGACCAUGGCCAAAACCACCGCUAGCUUUCUCUCCACUGUCUCCAGCAUGACCCCCACCUCCAUGACCUCCCUCCUCGCCGUUAGCACGGACGCAAGGAUGGAACGGGACAAUGUCACCGCAUCCAGAACAACACUCAUGACCAGUACCAUUACUAUAACAACAACCAACGAGACAAGCUACAACGCCACCAAGCUGCCAGAGGUGGCGUUAGAAGGCUCGGGGAUGGGCAUGGUGCUGGUGCCCUUUGGCAUCAUUACUGUAAUUGGCCUGGCAUUGGUCAUGAUGUUGUAUAUCAGGAAACGGAAGAGACUGGAGAAGCUGAGGGACCAGCUGAUGCCCAUGUAUAAUUUUGACCCUGCAGAGGAACAGGAUGACCUGGAACAGGAACUACUGGACCACAAUCGGGACAGCAACCUCACAGGAUCCAAUAACAAGACUCUCACGACCUCCCAGGGGAUGACGCAGAGGCCCAGUCGCCUGGUCUUCACAGACGUAGCCAACGUUCUCAAUGCAUAACAGCACUCUUCCAUGCAUGAGGGGACUGGGGGGAGUGGGGACUAGCUGUCCCAUCAUAGAGAUCCGUCGCUCAGGAAAAAAAAGGAAAACUGGAUUGAAGCCCAUGGAAACAGACUGAUGUUUGGAGUAUGUUUUUUCAGGGUGGGCUAUAAGGGAAUUCUGAUGUUUUAGUUGUAGCGUAGUCUUAUUUCCAUUGUCUACAGUUUAUAACUUGUCUUCAGUGACUACGGUGGGAUAUAUGGGGAAAUGAUGCGAGUAAUGAUUUUGCACUGGUUGUUAUUGGUUGCACAAAUACUUCCAAGUGUGGUGCAUUGUUGGAUCGCUCUCUUUCUCUAUAGUUAAGUGAUAUUGGUGGCAGAAUUGCUGGAACUCCCACCUCCUUCUCUAAUGAGAACUUUGUCUCGAAUGUAUUAUUUAUUUCCACACGUUUGUAUUUUGCUGCUAAAUGUAGACAACCACAUUUGACAAGUGACUCCUAUAAAACGGUUUUGCUAAAUGUUGAACUGCUUCCAUAAUGGUGGUGGACUGGAGACCUGGACGUUCUGCACAUUGGAAAACUAGAACACAACAUCAGGAGAUCUGGAGAACUAUUACUGCUGCAGGACAAUGCCUGGGGAACUGUAACCCACCCAGUGUACACUACUAUACUGUAAUGUACCCACACACGUCCAAAAUGUGUCCUUCAGCACUUACGCCUCUAUGGGAACUCUCCAUUUGCCCUCAGAGUAUUACUAGUAGUGUGUUUCCUCGAUAACAAGUAAUAAAGC